AUGGUGAUCAAGACAGACUUGUGCAACUACACUGAGUACCGAAUCUAUCCCGGGCACGGCCAGAAGUUUGUUGCCAAGGAUGCGAAGGUGAACUUCUUUAUCACUGCCAAGGCGGACUCCCUCUACCAUCAGCGAAUCAAGCCCGUGAAGCUCCGCUGGACACAGGCUUGGCGAAGGCAGAACAAGAAGGGCAAGGUCGAGGAGGGGGGCAAGAAGCGGACCAGGAAAGCCCAGAAGUUCCAGAAGGCCAUCGUCGGCAUGAGCUUGGACGACCUCAAGAAGAGGAAGGCGCAGCGCCCGGAGUUGCGCGCCCAGCGGGAAGCUGCUGCCAAGGAGGCAAAGGCCAAGGCGGCAUCGCAGAAGAAGGCCGCGUCCAGCAAGACUGCCGCCGCGAAGCCCAAGGGCAAGGCCGAGAAAGGGCCAAAGAUCCCCAAGGGAGGUGCCCCGGCCGGCGGCGCGUCCAAGAACUUCAAGGGAAAGAAGUGA